UGUGUUUGCAAGACUGAUUUUCAAGACAGGAUCCACACUUUACAUACUGAAUAAGACAGUAAUGGCAGGUCAUGCUGAAAGGAGGAUCUUGCUGGUAGGAACAACGGGAGUUGGUAAAAGCAGCACAGGGAACACCAUCUUAGGAAAGAAAGCUUUUCAGAAGGCGGCAUCUCCAUCCUCGCUUACACACGAAGGUGUUGCAGAACAGAAGUACAUGAAGAGGAAAAUGAUUAAAGUGAUCGACACACCAGGACUUUUUGGAACGGAUGAAGUUGAGACAGAGAACGGAGAAGGGACCAAAGGUGAGGAAAAGCGUGAGAUUGCAGGAAGUAUUGUUGAGUGCUCCCCUGGCCCUCAUGCUGUGGUCAUCGUCCUUCAAGUGGGAAGAUACACAAAACACGAGAUGGAAACUGUGAAGCACAACACAAAUAAUUUUAGUGAAAAGGUACUGAAAUAUACAAUAGUCCUCUUCACACAUGGUGAUAACCUUGAAGGUCAAACCAUUGAAGAGUUUGUCACAAAGAAUGGCAAGCUGCAGGAACUCAUAAAGAAGUGUGGAGGUCGAUGCCAUGUCAUUGACAACAAGCACUGGAAACGUUGGCCGUUUGGGUAUAAAAGCAACAGAACUCAGGUGGGCAGGUUGCUGAAUACCAUUGAAAAGCUGGUGGAAGAGAAUGGUGGCCAAUAUUACACGAAUUAGUUCCUCCAGGCAGUAAAAACAGAUCUACAGAAAAAAGACAAGAACGAAGUUUGCUCUAACAUUAUCGCAGCAGGCUGUGUUACAGGAGUGUUGCUGGGCGCCCUGCUUGGGAUUCCUCUGCUGGUGGGAGCAGGCGUGUACCACUGCGGCAGAAGCCUGAAAGAACACCUCAUCAACCUGUCAGGAACAGAUGAAGAUGAGAAAAUCGAUGAUGCAAGUACAUUACUAACAGCUGCUGCAGCAGGCAAUGUUGGAAUGGUAGGGGUAGCUGCAGCAGC